CAUUCAACCAAACAUGUCGGACUGUCAGAUGCACCCAAGGUAGACUCAUCAGUGUAGAGUCGCCAUCGAGACGUUUGGUGCCUGGUCGAAAUUGUUAGGAACGCUGGCGGAGCUAAACCCCCAUCGACAACCAGAAAAUCUAUACUCCUUGGGUUCUUCUCCUUCGCUGUUUUUAUGGCUAGUAUACUUGCCCUAUUGCUCUUUUUCUUAUUUCUAGUUUGGAUAUGGAAAAGAACCCAAAAAAAUGCCCCUCAAAAGAUACUUCCACCAAAAGCAAGUGGUGCAUGGCCUGUAAUCGGCCACCUCCACCUAUUAGGAGGGAUGCAACCAGCCCAUAUAACCCUAGGUGACAUGGCCGACAAGAACGGACCAAUCUUCAAUAUCAACUUAGGCAUGCAUAGAGCUAUAGUAGUAAGCAGUUCGAAGAUAGCUAAAGAGUGUUUCACUACAAAUGACAAAGCCUUUGCCAACCGUCCAAAAGCUUUGGCGGUAGAACUCAUGGGUUACAACUACGCCAUGUUCGGUUUCAGCCCAUACGGUUCCUAUUGGCGCCAUAUUCGAAGAAUAGCCACUCUUGAGUUUCUCUCAAAUCACCGUCUUGAGAUGUUCAAACACAUGCGAGAGUCGGAGGUAAACUUAGCCAUAAAAGAGAUCUACGAGUUGUCGACCAAGAACAACAACGCAUUAGUGGAGAUGAGAAGAUGGUUCAGCUACGUAACCUUAAACGUUGUGUUUAUGAUGGUUAUAAAGAAGCGAGUUGCUUGGGCUAUAACCGAGGAUGCUAAUGAAGGAAAUGAUCAAUGUCAAAACGCAAUAAGAGAUUUCUUUGUGUUGAGUGGGACAUUUGUAGCAUCAGAUGUGCUUCCAUAUCUAAGAUGGUUGGACUUGGGUGGGUAUAAAAAGGCAAUGAAGAAAACUGCAAAAAAAUUAGAUCAUGAGCUUGAAGGAUGGUUAGAAGAACACAAGCAAAGAAGAAUUUCUGGGGAGGUAAAGAAGGGACAUCAAGACUUUAUGGAUGUGAUGUUGUCUAUUGUUGUUGACAGUGAUCAGAUUUCUAGUUAUGAUGCUGAUACAAUCACCAAGGCUACUUGUCUGGCCCUCAUCUUAGGGGGUACAGAUACAACGAUGGUGACAAUGACAUGGGCGCUCUCUCUACUUCUUAAUAACCGAGAGGCUCUUAAGAAAGUACAACAGGAACUAGACCUUCAGAUUGGUAGAGAUAGGCUAGUGAUGGAAUCAGACAUGAAAAACCUAGUCUAUCUUCAAGCUGUCAUCAAAGAAACAAUGCGUUUAUAUCCUGCAGCGCCACUUUCUGUGCCGCACGAGUCCUUAGAGGAUUGCACUUUGGCUAGUUACCACAUCCCAGCGGGCACCCGUCUUCUUGUUAAUCUAUCGAAGAUCCAUAGAGAUCCACAGGUAUGGUCAGAUCCAACCGAAUUUCGCCCAGAAAGAUUUCUCACAACCCACAAAGAUGUUGACUUUAAGGGCCAACAUUUUGAGUUCAUACCAUUUGGUAGCGGGAGGAGAGUUUGUCCAGGAAUCUCGUUUGCACUACAAGUUAUGCAACUCACACUUGCUAACUUCUUGCAUGCCUUUGAGAUUGCGACAGUACCAGCAUAUGAACCAGUAGACAUGACUCAGAAAGUUGGACUUGCAUCCCUAAAAGCCACCCCACUUGAAGUCCAACUCACUCCACGCCUUCCUUCUUCAGCGUAUGCAUGAUCAUUUGGAUAUAAGUUAAAUAGCGACAAUAUUGCCAAGGAGUUUUGUAAUGAUCUUCAUGCACAAUGAUUAUGCCUAUUUUAAAUUAUCUUUUUUUUUUUUUUUUCUCCCUGUUCUUGUUUUUAUUUUUAUUUUGGUGUGUUAGCUUGUAAAAGUACAUACCUAUCUUAUGCAUAGGACCAUUAGGGGAUCUUGUACCACAAUUUCAUAAUUAAAGUUUGACGAGAAUAGCGCUA